AUGAACCAGAGCAAAGAGCUUAAGAAAAGGUCUGUAGUAUCCUCCUUCAUCUGCUCAGACGAAGGAGAAAUCAAAGUCGCCCUAUUUCGGCGAAGUGAGAAAGUCGCGACCUAUCAGCACCACCUCGCUCCCAUUUCAGGGAGCAUUGAGAGCAACGAAACACCAUCAGCAGCGGCAUGGCGCGAGAUUACGGAGGAGACUACUCUCACCGAACGAGAUCUUGAGGUCUGGCGACAGGGAAAACCAUACACCUUCUGCGAUCCUUCUGUCGGUCGGCAAUGGACUAUUUUCCCGUUCCUAUUUCGACUUAAAACCUGCCGCGAAGGUGGUCGCGGGGAGGAGGGUAUUCAGAUUGACUGGGAGCAUGAAGGCUGGCAGUGGUUUAGCCCCGAUACAGUCAAAGAUGAUGAGAAAUUCGGCGGUGUACCACGUCUGAAAGAAAGCCUCCGACGAGUCUGGUUCGAAGGUGAAAUGAACGAGCGCGCUAGCAAGGCUCUCAUAUCAGGCUUAGCAGAACUGAAGGCAGAUCACCAGAGUGGAUCACACGAGCUCACCUCGAUUGCGCUGAAGGCUUUCCGAGACGUUAUUGCGCAGAUGAGCGAGGACAUCGACACAAAGUGGUGGGAAACUGCCCGUAUGGCUGCAUGGCAUCUGUGGAAAAAUGGACGAGAAAGCAUGGGGGCAGCCACCUUGAAUGCAUUUCUAGGACUGCUCGCCGACAUGGAAGAGAUCGUACCCCAGACUCUCAACGGCAAGGUCAAAUUGGAACGCUUAUUGGCUUUACUUGAUCACCAUUUGAGCAAGCGCAAAGAAAUGCCCAUGCGCAUCAAAAGCUCCUUUGCGACCUAUCUUCGAUGUAACUUUCUGCCUACAUCAGACACAACCCCUUCGCGCCCUCUUGUCAUCCUCAGCUUCUCAGCGAGUUCUACCAUACGAGAUAGCAUCCUGGAGGCCUUCGCAUCCCUUCCAAUUUCAAAUCUGGAACUUAGGAUACUAGAAUCCCGCCCGCUUUGCGAAGGAGUCACUAUGGCGUCUUCCAUUCUCUCUGCCUUCCAGUCACGAUUUCCCUCGUCUUCCGAUCGUCAUCUGAAAUUAACUGUGUAUACGGAUGCAUCCGCAGCUCUCGCCAGCAAUGGGGUGGAUUUCGUCCUUCUUGGGGCAGACCGGAUCUCGGAUUCAGGCGCAGUUUGCCCUAGCGCCAAAGUCUUGGUUCUCAGUGAGCUGGAGAAGGUGGCCGAGCCUGGUGCCGAUGGCAACCAUAGCCACGAAAAAAAUGACCCGAAAGAGCUACUGAGUUGUUGGGUGGACAGCGGCAUGAAAGGAAUUAAGGCUCUGGUCGAGGGAACUGAGAUGGCAGGUCGAGAUAACAUCAACUACACAGUCGAGGUCAAGAACAUCUAUUUCGAAUGGAUUUCGGCUAAUCUCAUAGAUGCGUAUAUCUGUGAGGAAGGGACGUUGUACGCCACUGCCAUUCAAGAGAAGGCCCAACAGGUAAAACAGAAGGCAGAUAAAUAUUUUGUGUCGUUCCAAAUGUCGAAAGUAUUCCAAUCGGGGAUUCACACCUUCAAUGUUCUCGCAAAAGAGUUGACAUUUGAAUAUGUCGUGCAUCGCCCAUCCAAGGAAAAAGAAGAUCCACACAAUCUAAUUGUUGUUCAAUGCCCUGGCUGGGGCUUGGGAUCUGAAUAUCUUGAAAAUGGAUUGAAAGCGUUAUGGGAACCUGAAGAUAGUAGCACAAAUGCCAGCCGUUAUACUGUCAUCUUCUUCCAUUCUCGUGGGACGGACGGAUCAUCCCGGCCAGUGGGUUCUCAGAUGAGCAGUAUGCCCGAUCUAGCCUCCGACUUGGAGAAUCUCCGCCAUCACCUGCAUCUGGAGCGAUAUCCCGUCUUACUGGGCCACUCGAACGGCGGAGCGAUUGUGCUGGGGUAUGCAGAGAUGUAUCCCAGCCGCGUUGGCAAGCUCGUUCUCCUCGAUCACCAGUUAGAUGCUUGGGACAGUAUGCUUGUUCGGAAAACCGAUACCGACGAGGAUUUUACAGAAUCAGUGCGAGGCAUGUGGCCUUUGCACUUCUUUCAUCCGCAGCAGUAUGUACCACAGCUACUACGUGAUAUCGGCGAUCGGAAGCUAUCAGUUUGGUGCUAUCAAGCUCAGGGUCGAUGUGACAAGGAGUUGCUAGAUCCAAUGCAAAUGGUGGAGAGGCUUGGAGAUGUGCAAGCAGAAACACUCAUCAUAUUCGGGCGCCAAGAUAUGAUCUGUGGAACAGGAAUUGCUGAACGGACAGCAAAGGACAUCCAAAAUGCCCGACUAAUUACCUAUGGCGAAUGUGGGCAUUUCCCUUGGAUUGAAAAAAGGGAACAGACAAUAUUGGAUAUCCGUAACUUCAUUCAAGAGGCAGACUAG